AUGGCAUCGCCAGUGGCCUCCGCGGCGCUCAAAUCGCGAAUUCGACGGCCGUCGAUGCUGAAGAAGCUGUGUAAUCCAUCCGAUCUGCUGCAUCACUUCCCCAAUGGCGCAUACAUCGGCUGGUCCGGGUUCACCGGAGUUGGCUACCCAAAAAAAAUGCCCACGUUCCUAGCGGAUCACGUCGAGCAGAACAAUCUGCAGGGAAAGCUGCGCUACUCGCUGUUUGUGGGCGCGUCAUCUGGCGCCGAGACGGAAAACCGAUGGGCCGGCUUGGAUAUGAUUGAGAGGCGAAGCCCUCAUCAGGUCGGAAAGUCGAUCGCGAAGGGUAUCAAUGACGGCAGGAUCAACUUCUUCGAUAAGCAUCUAUCGAUGUUUCCUGUGGACUUAGUUUAUGGAUUCUACACCAAGGACCGACCGAAUAAGAAUCUCGAUGUUGUGGUAGUGGAGGCCACGGCCAUCAAAGAAGAUGGCAGCAUCGUCCCUGGUGCUUCUGUCGGAGCAACACCUGAACUCAUACAAAUGGCUGACAAGAUUAUCAUCGAAGUCAACACCGCCAUCCCGUCAUUCGAGGGUCUUCACGAUAUCACAAUGACGGACCUACCUCCGCGCAGAAAGCCUUAUCUGAUCAUGCAGGUCGAGGACCGAAUCGGCACGACGUCAGUCCCGGUCGAUCCUGAGAAGAUUGUCGGUGUCAUCGAGUCCGACUACCAGGACCAGACCGCGCCGAACACGGCUCCAGAUGAGGCCUCGCGCGCGAUUGCCAACAAUCUCAUUGAGUUCUUUGAGCACGAGGUGAAGCACGGACGCAUGCCCAAGUCCCUGCUCCCCGUCCAGUCCGGCAUCGGCAACAUCGCCAACGCAGUGAUCGGCGGAUUGGCCGACUCCAACUUUAAGAACCUCAAAGUCUGGACCGAAGUCAUCCAGGACACCUUCCUAGACCUCUUCGACUCGGGCCGUCUGGACUUCGCAACCGCGACUUCCAUCCGCUUCUCUCCGGACGGGUUCAAGCGCUUCUACGACAACUGGGAGGCGUACCACAACAAGCUGCUCCUGCGCUCGCAGCAGGUCUCCAACUCGCCCGAGAUCAUCCGCCGCCUCGGCGUGAUCGGCAUGAACACGCCUGUCGAAGUCGACAUCUACGCGCACGCAAACAGCACUUGUGUCAUGGGCAGCCGCAUGCUGAACGGGCUGGGCGGAUCCGCCGACUUCCUGCGGUCCUCGAAAUACAGCAUCAUGCACACGCCGUCGACGCGGCCGUCGAAGACUGACCCGCUAGGCGUCAGCACGAUCGUGCCCAUGUGCACGCACGUCGACCAGACGGAGCACGACCUGGACGUGAUCGUGACGGAGACGGGCCUGGCCGACGUCCGGGGGCUGAGCCCCAAGGAGCGGGCGCGGGUCAUCAUCGAGAAGUGCGCCCACGAGGAGUACCGGCCCAUUCUGCACGACUACUUCGAGAAGGCCGAGUUUGAGUGCCUGAAGAAGGGCUGGGGACACGAGCCCCAUCUGCUGUGGAACAGCUUUGAUAUGCACAAGGCGCUCAACGAGGAGGGCAGCAUGCGGAAGAUUAAGAAAUGGUAG